CCCGAUUGACUCGCCGAUCAACUCCCCAAAUUGCUUCAUCUUUCCCCUCCAUCUAUCAGACUAUCUUCUUGAGAACCACCGCUCAACCCUUCCCCCCAAGGAAUAAACACACACAACAACAAUGAGCUCCAUCCGGCGCAUGUCCCCAACGGACCUCCUGUCCCUCAACCUCACCAACCUCGACCCAUUGACCGAAAACUACGACCUCGGAUUCUACCUCAAUUACCUCAUGCGAUGGCCGUCCCUCUUUAGCAGCGUUCAAGAUCGCCAGGAAGGCAUCGUAGGUUACAUCAUGGGCAAGCUCGAAGAACAACCCGCCUCGAUGCGCCAUUCCGAACACUACACGCCCUGGCACGGCCACAUUACCGUUUUAACCGUUGCGCCCGCAUGGCGCCGUCUCGGCCACGCGCGUCGUCUCACCGAACGUCUGGAACAGGGCUCCGAUAUCAACGAUGCCUGGUUUGUCGAUCUCUAUGUGCGAGCGGGGAAUAAAGUUGCCGUGGGGAUGUAUAAGGGCAUGGGAUACUCCGUCUUCCGCCGAGUAGUAAACUACUACAGCGACGAUCCAACAGGCUUCUCGGAUUCAGGUGAAGAUGCCUUUGAUAUGCGCAAGCCAUGCAGUCGCGAUAAGAAGCUCCAGCAUAUUCGGGAGAAUGGGGAGGAGUUCUUGGUGGAUCCGAUUCAUGUUUCGUAGGACGCUUCGUUCGGG